AUGACUUCUCGCUAUGACAAGAGACCCAAUUUCAUCGUCUACAUGCCCGACCAAUUGAGGUACGAUUGUGUUGGUGCAUUUGGAAAUACCACCAUAAAAACUCCGAACAUUGACCGGUUGGCGCUGAAUGGUGUAAAGUUUACCAAUUGCUAUCUUCAGCACUCAGUCUGCUCACAAAGCAGAGCAUCUAUAGUCACCGGCAAGUAUCCUCAUGAAACCGGGCACCGAGGACUUACCACUUACCUUCGGCUGUGGGAAGAUAAUUUUUUCAAGACGUUGAAAGAGAACGAUUACCAUGUUGUCAGUGUAGGAAAAAGAGGAGAUAUUUUUGCAGAGGGUGCUUCGGAGGAAAGCUUGAAUGAGUACGGGUUCAUAGUAGAGCCAGAAGCCAGUCUUUUUGAAGAUAUGAGGGAAAAACUCACCAGAUUUCGUCAAGAUUAUCUUGACAAGAAAUCCCCCACAGACUGGAGUCGUUUAUAUUAUACUGGCUCCAGAGAUCCAAUUGCGGAUUUUGACGAAGCUGUAAUUCAAAGUGCAGAGAAAUGGCUCGAUGGUGUAAAUGGUGGUUCAAUUUCCACCGGUGGUAAACCAUGGAUACUUUUUCUCCCGUUAUUUUUUCCCCAUUGUCCUUUUGGAGUCGAAGAUCCGUAUUUCUCGAUGUACGACCGCUCAGCAGUUCCCAGCCCGCUUAGCACUGAUUCUAAAACAGGACACGAACCUGCUUAUAUGAAGCGUUUGAGAGAGAAACAUGGACUCAAUGAUACCCCGCUAGAAGUUUGGCACGAAAUAGUAGCAACCUACUACGGUAUGAUCUCUCGAAUUGAUGAUCAACUAGGCCGUAUAAUUUCCAAAGUUGAAGAAUCAGGCUUGCAAAAGUCAACCUUGACGAUAUUCUGCACCGACCAUGGUGAGUACUUGGGAGACCAUGGGUUGAUAGAAAAGUGGCCCAGCGGUGUUUCUGAGCAGCUUGUACACGAGCCCUUAAUUGUGAGUGGCUUAAACUUGCCAAAAGGGAAAGCGGUAGACUCACUUUGUGAAAUGGUGGAUCUAGCUCCAACAUUAUUUGAAUUUGCCCAGUUGGGAGAAGCUCCAUUUGCACACAAUGGUAAAUCUUUGGUUCCUUUACUCUAUGGUGAAACAAACACACACAAAGACUACGUCUAUUCGGAAGGAGGCUUCUUGAAAGGAGAGGAUGCAAUUAUUGAAAUUGCACCUUUUCCUUAUGAUCUCAAAUCGGGAUUGCAGCAUGAGGAUAUUGUCACUGUUGGUCGAGUAAUUGCCAUCAGAAGUAAGGAGUAUACUUUUGUCUACAGACUUUAUGAAAAGAACGAGUUGUAUUCAAGGGUUGCUGACCUUGCUGAAGCUCACAAUUUGAUCGAUGACCCAAAAUAUGCCAAUAUCAUUCAACAGUUGGAGAGUCAAUUGUUACGUUGGAUGGUGGAGUCCAGUGGUCUUCCUCCAAAACUGGGGCCACGGCACGUAGAGGUGAAAUUGCCAAAGCCUGGAAGUACAACUUUUGAAAGUUCACCAUAG